AACUUCAUUCAAAGCAAGGCGGCCCACGAGGUUGGGCUUGGGGGAUCUGGAUGACCUCCAGGCCACUUCCUCUCGCUCUGCGCCCUUCCCCCACUCCAACCACCUUCGCCUUAAACAAAACUGUCCCCCAGGGCGGAGAGAGGUCGCGCUCUUUUGCACACUCCCUCACCAAUGGUUCAUUUUUCCAAUCGCACGAGGGGGAGGAGAUUUCCCUGUAGACGAGUAAAAGGGGUGAUGGACAAACGUGCGGGCACUAAGACCGCAAGGCAUUCAUUUCCUCCUACGGUGGAUGCGGACGCCGGGAGGAGGAGAGCCCCAGAGAGAGGAGCUGGGAGCGGAGGCGCAGGCAAUGCUCAGCCCUGGAUGUAGCUAAGAGGCAGGGAGAGAGACAACCGCCGGAGACCGAGCGGCGUGGGGAAGACCUAGGGGGGUGGGUGGGGGAAGCAAACAGGAGAGCACUCGAAACCUAGCGCUUUACAGAUUAUUUUGUUUUGUAUCGAGAACACGUAGCGACUCCGAAGAUCAGCCCCAAUGAACAUGUCAGUGUUGACUUUACAAGAAUAUGAAUUCGAAAAGCAGUUCAACGAGAAUGAAGCCAUCCAAUGGAUGCAGGAAAACUGAUUCUUGCCCUGUCACCCAGGCUACAGUGCAAUGGAGUGAUCUCAGUUCACUGCAACCUCCACCUCCCAGAUUCAAGUGAUUCUCCUGCCUCAGCCUCCUAAUUAGCUGGAGUUACAGAUGUGCAUUACCAUGGCCAGCUAAUGUUUUGUAUCUUUAGUGGAAACAGGGGUUUCACCAUUUUGGCCAGGCUGGUCUCGAACUCCUGACUUCAUGACUUACCUGCCUUAGCCUCCCGAAGUGCUGGGAUUAUAGGUGUAAGCCACUGUGCCUGGCCUCUUUGUUGCUUUUUGUAGAGACAGGGUCUAACUCUGUUGCCCGGGCUGGAUGGAAUGCACUGGCGUGAUCUCAGCUGACUGCAGAAUCCAGGCUCAGGUGAUUCUCCUCACUUGGACUCCUGAAUAGGGGACUAUAGGCAUGUAGUCCAUCAUGUCCAGCUAAUUUAUGUAUUUUUGGUAGAGACGGGGUUUUGCCAUGUUGCCCAGGCUGGGCUCAAACUAUCCACCCACCUCAGCCUCCCAAUGUGCUAGCAUUACAAGUGUGAACCACUGUGGCUGGCCCCCUAAUUUUUUUUCCUGUUUUUUUAAAUAAAAUAUUUAUUUGUUUAAUUAAUUAAUUUAAGAGACUGGGUCUCACUAUGCUGCCAGGAUAGAUUUGAAUUUCUGGGCUCAGGCAAUCCUCCUACCUCAGUUUCUCAAGUAAGCUGGGAUUACAGGCAUGUGCCAUCAUGCCUGGCUUCUUUCUAUUUCUGUUAGAUCUCUAUUGAUUCUAUUUCAGAAUCAAUUUUAUGAUAUUUGAGUGAGAAAAGAAAACAUCCCCCCUCCUCCCUCAAUGAGGAAGAAAUUGGAUAGGAAGCAAAGUACUUCUAAUCUUAUCAGGUUUCCUUUCUGGUUGUCAGACUGCCAGAUCCACUAGCCUAUGAAACACAAAGGGCAUUGGCAUUUGAUAAGAGCUGCAGAGAGACCAUAGUGCCACCGCUAAUAAGUGGAUGGGCAGGGAUGAGUGAUAAUCAUGGUUUACACAGCCCUUUCCCAGGGCCCCUACUGUUGCUGCUGCUGCUCCUAUUUGAGUCACUAAGAAAAAUGUGGGCAGUUUUUUUGGCAUGAUGCUGGUUGAGAAGUGGGCAAAAGAAAAAUGAUCAGAAAAGCAGAAGCAGCUUAUAGGACUGUUGAGAAAUGAUGCUACUCAAGCCAGAACUAAACUCUCUGUGGUAGUCGUUCUGAUUCAAGUAUCUUCCCCCACACCAGCUAAAUUUUUGUAUUUUAAAAUUUUGUCUACAGUUCCCAGGCUACCAAAAGUUUCUUUACACUAAUACAAUAUGAGUGCUGUGGGAUCAAAUACUUCCACACAAUCUCAGUGAUUCUCAAGGUUCGGAUUACCCCUCCCCACUGGGUUUUUCUCCAUGAUCUGUAGUGCUGCAUUGGGUCUUCCACCCUCCUGGCCACUAGAUCUUCUGAACACACCCCCUUUCUGAUGUGUGGUUCCAGGGAACUGCUGUUUCUGCUGCAUAUUUCAGGUGCAUCGUAGGUAUCCUUCAGAUGUAUAGGGCCUAGGUUGGAGUUACCUAGGCAGCUUUUAAAAAUACCAAUGUUCCGGGCCGGGCGCGGUGGCUCACGCCUGUAAUCCCAGCACUUUGGGAGGCUGAGGUGGGUGGAUCACGAGGUCAAGAGAUCGAGGCCAUCCUGGUCAACACGGUGAAACCCCGUCUCUACUCAAAAUACAAAAAAUUAGCUGGGCAUGGUGGCACGUGCGUGUAAUCCCAGCUACUCAGGAGGCUGAGGUAGGAGAAUUGCCUGAACCCAGGAGGCAGAGGUUGCGGUGAGCCGAGAUCGCGCCAUUGCACUCCAGCCUGGGUAACAAGAGUGAAACUCUGUCUCAAAAAAAAACAAUAUUCCAGACAAACCAGAUUCUCUUGGAGGCAGCACUCAAAUAUUGUAUUUUGCAAAACUUAAGGUGAUUCUCCUGUACUCUCAGGGGUCAGAACCAUGCAGCUUUAAAGAUACCUCAGGGUGAAUCAGUUUUUAUGGACAAAGUUUUUCCAAAAUUAAGAGUUAUGAGAACAAGUAAAUGAGACAUUUUAUUACCAGUGGUGGGGCAUGAAAAAUACCUUAACAGUCUCUAAACUGAGGAUAAAACAACUUAGUAGUUUGUUCAGACUAAAUCAUAAGUUCUUCAACUAGGUUAUAAUACACAGAAAGAGAGUCCAAGGCCAAAACGGGGAUAUUAUUGCUGCAUACUAAAUAAGUAAUUGUUAAAUAUUCCUUUAUAUGUUAUCUAUUUAGAUGCAAAGAGGUAAUCUAAGAAUCAUUAGAGUACUGAGUGGUCAUUCUGGAAGGUUUUACUAUUGGUACUGGUAUUUUUAUGGUGCCCAGGAGGUGAUCUUUGGGUCGGUAAUUGAUAUGGUUUGGCUGUGUCCCCACCCAAAUCUCAUCUUGAAUUCCCACGUGUUUUGGGAGGAAUCCAGUGGGAGGUGAUGGAAUUAUGGGGGUGGGGCUUUCCUGCACUGUUCUCAUGAUAGUGAAUGAGUUCACGAGAUCUGAUAGAUUUAAAAAUGGGAGUUUCCCUGAACAAACUCUCUUCUCUUGUCUGCUGCCAUGUGAGAUGUGCCUUUCACCUUCCAUCAUGAUUGUGAGGCCUCCCCAGCCACGUGGAACUAUAGAUUUAGAAGAAGCAUCAACUUAACCGACGUGGAUAAUAAGAUCUGUACUAAAGUCAAAACAGCUUAUCAAAUCUUGGAUGAGGAUAAUCUUAAAAGGACCUAUUGACAAUGGCUGUAGAAAGAAGAAAUCUUUCCUGUUUUCUGCUCUGUAUGCUGCCUUUAUAUUUGGUGGUCGGCACCUAAUGAACAAACGAGCGAAGUUUGAGCUGAGGAAGCCAUUAGUGCUCUGGUCUCUGACCCUUGCAGUCUUCAGUAUAUUCGGUGCUCUUCGAACUGGUGCUUAUAUGGUGUACAUUUUGAUGACCAAAGGCCUGAAGCAGUCAGUUUGUGACCAGAGUUUUUACAAUGGACCUGUCAGCAAAUUCUGGGCUUAUGCAUUUGUGCUAAGCAAAGCACCUGAACUAGGAGAUACAAUAUUCAUUAUUCUGAGGAAGCAGAAGCUGAUCUUCCUGCACUGGUACCACCACAUCACUGUGCUUCUGUACUCUUGGUACUCCUACAAAGACAUGGUUGCCGGGGGAGGUUGGUUCAUGACUAUGAACUAUGGCGUGCACGCCGUGAUGUACUCUUACUAUGCCUUGCGGGCGGCGGGUUUCCGAGUCUCCCGGAAGUUUGCCAUGUUCAUCACCUUGUCCCAGAUCACUCAGAUGCUGAUGGGCUGUGUCGUUAACUACCUGGUCUUCUACUGGAUGCAGCAUGACCAGUGUUACUCUCACUUUCAGAACAUCUUCUGGUCCUCACUCAUGUACCUCAGCUAUCUUGUGCUCUUCUGCCAUUUCUUCUUUGAGGCCUACAUCGGCAAGAUGAGGAAAACAACGAAGGCUGAAUAGUGUUGGAACUGAGGAGGAAGCCAUAGCUCAGGGUCAUCAAGAAAAAUAACAGACAAAAGAAAAUGGCACAAGGAAUCACACGUGGUGCAGCUAAAACAAAACAAAACAUGAGCAAACACAAAACCCAAGGCAGCUUAGGGAUAAUUAGGUUGAUUUAACCCAGUAAGUUUAUGAUCCUUUUAGGGUGAGGACUCACUGAGUGCACCUCCAUCUCCAAGCACUGCUGCUGGAAGACCCCAUUCCCUCUUUAUCUGUCAACUCUAGGACAAGGGAGAACAAAAGAAAGCCAGAGGCAAAGGAGAAUAAUCAAGGCAAACAAAGGCUGUUAACACAUAGAAAAAAAUGCAUUUACUAAGUGUCACAUUUCUCUAAGAUGAAAGAUUUUUACUCUAGAAACUGCGAGCACACACACAGAAUCCUUUCUAACCUUUAUGGACACUAAACUGGAGCCAAUAGAAAAGCUAAAAAUGAAAGAGACACAGGGUGUAUAUCUAGAACAAUAACGCUUUUGCAGAAACUAAAGCCUUUUUAAGAAAUGUUAGCUGCUGUAGCCCCCAUGAGAAAAGAUGUCUUAAUCAUCCUUAUGAAAACAGAUGUAAACAACUAGGUUUCAACUAACUUCACCCUCACUUCAUAGCCUCAGGCUAGUGAGUUUGCCAAAACCAAAGGGGGCGAAUACUUUCCCUACGUUGUUCCUGGGAGGAUGGAAACCGGGCAGCCCAGGUCCCACAGGGGCAGCUCCAUCCCAGGGCAUUUCUGAUAGUUGAACUGUAAUUUCUACUCUUAAAUGAGGUAUGAAGCAUUAUCCUUUUGUUCAGUUGCCCCGAGCUUUUGAACAGAGGAGUAAAUACAGCAUCGAAAAGAUAAACACUCAACCAAACCAUGUAAAAACGGGUCUGUAGUAUCUGUAAAAAGGCCCAGCCCAGGACCACUGUGAGCUGGAAAAGGGAGAAAGACAGUAGGAAAAGAGGUGAGCUGAAGAUCAAUUCGAUAGACAGAUGGUGUGUAUGCCCCUCCCUAUUUCACUUCACACACACUCAUAACUUUCCAAAUGAAACCCCGUAGCACAGCACAUAUUUCCUAUAUUUUUGUGAAUUCCAAAAGGAACCCGCAGGGCUCUUCCUGGGAUAUUGGAUGAACACUGUUUCUGCAUCAUCUGCAUUUGCUCCCCAAGCAAUGCAGAGGUGUUCAAACUGCCCUCUGCUGGCUGAGUGGCAAUACUACAACAAACUUAAUGGCAAAUUUGGCUGAAAGUCGACAACAAAGAGCCCCUAUAUACUUAUCCCUCAAAUUUUAAGUGAUAUGAAAUACUUGUCAUAUCUUUGGCAAAAUCAGAAGAUAGUUAUCCUGCUUCAAGUCAGCUUCAGAAAUUGUUUAAAAGGGACCUUCGCUCUGGAACUCAAAAUCAAUUUAUUAAGAGCCAUAUUCUUAAAAAAAAAAAAAGCUGGAUAAUAUUAUCUGUAAUAUUUCAGUCCUUUACAAGCCAAAUACAUGUGUCAAUGUUUCUAGUAUUUCAAAGAAGCAAUUAUGUAAAGUUGUUCAAUGUGACAUAAUAGUAUUAUAAUUGGUUAAGUAGCUUAAUGAUUAGGCAAACUAGAUGAAAAGAUUAGGGGCUUCUGCACGGCAUAGAUUACAUACACAUAGCCACGCAUACAUGCAUACAGAUGCGGAGUACACUGAACUUCAAAGCCCAAAUGAAUAGAAACACAUUUUCUGGCUAGCAGAAAAACAAAACAAAACUGUUGUUUCUCUUUCUUCCUUUGAAAGUGUACAGUAAAAGGGAUUUUUUCAAAUUAUUUUUAUAUUAUUUUAGCUUUAAUUGUGCUGUUGUUCAUGAAACAGAGCUGCUCUGCUUUUCUGUCAGAGAUGGCAAGGGCUUUUUCAGCAUCUCGUUUAUGUGUGGAAUUUAAAGAGAAUAAAGUUUUAUUCCAUUCUGUGUGAAUGGUUUGAGCAGUGAACAAAGAAUCCAUGCAAAGCAAGUCAUGAUGGAAGAAUGAGGGGGAGGGGGGCAGUGCAGGGGAGGAAAGCUGUUACAUCUGUGUUGAAUUAUUGUGAGCAGUCUAUAAUGUCUUGGUGUUGGUUCAUAGAUGAAACACAACUGAUGGAAGAAUGUAUUAUAAAUUAUGCAAAAUCUGACAUGAGCUGAAAAGACAGGUGCUGUUAUAAAAACUAAUAGAUUCUUAGGAUGUAAAUGUUAUUUUGAGCUUCGCAAAUACACGAAACUGUGCAAUAAGCCUUUUUUUCCUUAUAACAGAAAAUGAGGAUAAUUAAAAUGAGGAGAAGGCCCCAUGACAGUUGACUUGAGUUUAAUUGAAGGACCCAUUGGAGGCUCCUCUGGUCGACUUAAUUAUUUCAUUCAGUGAUUUAUCGCAGAUCUUUUAAUGCAGGUUAGAAUAAGGAAGUGAGCGUAAACCAUAAAAAGACUCUAAAUGAUGCUUCCAAAGCACUUUUAUCUUGCUAUUAGGUUCAUGUUUGUCUUUACUUGUAAAAUAAUUUGGAAUGUUUGUUUACAGGGUGAAUGUCUGAUACUUUUUAAAUUAGCUAAAUGUAUCUAAAGGCAUUUCCAAUGUUUAUCAUGGGAGGAAAAAAGCCACAUUUUUUUAAGAAAACAAAAUUUUGGUAGUAUAAGUUCAAUACACUAUUUUUAACAUCUCAGCUUAGCUGCUUUAAUCAUAUCAAGGUAGAUAUGAGGCUGGAUCACUGGCCCAUGACAAAUCUGAAAGCUGCCAGAGAAUUGACUGCCACAUAGAUAAUCCUGCUGUCAGUUAACAUUCCAGAAAAACUUGGGCAGGCAAGUUUUUAUAGCUGCCCCACUAUGCUGCAAUAGAGUAUCUUUCUAUUGAAGAUUUUCCACUGCAUUCCAGUCCUACUAUGGUGAAAACAUUGUUCUCGGACUAAAAAAAAAAAUCCUUUAUUUCAUACACACAAAAUUUCAUACACUAGGUCUGAGCAUCAACCCAAGUCCAUGAGUUUGCAGUGAAGUUCUAGUGAGAAGUGCUCUAUUCAUAAAGCAGGGGGUUUAUGUGGACCUUCUAGUGUUGCUUAUAGGAAAAGAGUAACUACCAUAUUACAUCUAAUGCAAAGCCAAAGUAUCAAAUUAAAAUCACAGAUUGAGGUUGUUAUUCAAAGUCACUUACUCCCAUCCUUCUAAUUAUGCUCCACUACAGAAGUAAGGGGAAGAGAGGGAAUACUUUACAUGUACACUGCUAGCGGGAAAAGAAAGGAUCGAUUAUAUCCACUUUGCUUAUCCAUCUCUCUUUACUUAUGUAAAGAAACGGAUUAGAACAGAGACUAAUAUACCUGGACUGAGUUAGAAACUUUAUAUAAAUGGGUUUUGUGGGAUUGAUUGGAAAGACAGUGAGAACCUAGGAGAACACGAAAAGACCCAUAGAAUGUCUCUUUUGAAAUCGAGUCUCGCUGUUGUUGUCUGGGCUGGAGCACAGUGGCACGAUCUUGGCAAACUGCAACCCCUGCCUCACAGGUUCCAGCCAUUCUCCUGCCUCCCAAGUAGUUGAGAUUAACAGCCACCCACCAUCACUCCUGGCUAAUUUUUGUAUUUUUAGUAGAAAUCGGGUUUCACCAUGUUGGCCAGGCUGGUCUCAAACUCCUGACCUCAGGUGAUCCACCGCCCCCUCCCGCCCCAUCUCCCAAAGUGCUGGAAUUUCAGGCAUGAGCUACUGUGCCCAGCCCAGAUGUCUUUUUUUAAAUCAGAUGUAGCAUCUUCAUAAGGUGAAGGCUGUCACAUAGAAGUAACAAAGCUCCUGGAGUAGAGUGACGCUAGCAUAGAAUGUUCCAGACAUCUGGCCAUAGUCCCAGACUCUGAAUUACCUGGAAGGGACAAAAUGCCCAGAUUACCAUUUUUUCUGUAUUCUGAUAGCACAGCUUCUACUCAGAGACCAUGUGUGUGUCACAUAACCAAGGCAGCUAGAGCACAUUCUGAGGGCUUUUUUUCUGGUUUGCUUAAUGAUUCUUUGAGAGUAACUGGAUUGGCCAAGGGGUGACUCAACAGGGCUGUGAGAAGAGUGUAGAACAAAUGGGUUUUGCCUCUCAGAGUUUAGAGCUUCAAGCUGUAUAAGCAUUGGUCCAUAUCCACCUCUUUUAGACACUUCCUUAAAAGUUUCCAUCAUGAAAAUCAUAUCGUGUCAGAAUCUUAUGAGAGCCCAUAACUUCCCCAUAGUCAAAGGUAGUGACUUUCUCCAGUCUUUGUUUCCAAUAAUAAAUAUCUCGCUCUCAGUUUAGAACUAUUGUAGAGCUGGUGUCCGUGCUGUGAGUCAUUGUGUCCCACAGCUUUUAAAACAUCGUUCUCUUUUCUAUACCACACCUGAUUCUUUGUGCCUCAGACUCAUUGCCAUCAGGAAGAGACUUUGCCAAGAAUCCACCACCACAUUUGGCCAGUGGUGUAUACACAUUAAAGUGAGAGCUGAUGAAAUGGUGACGCCCUAUUUUGUUCCGACAAUCAGUAUGAAGGGGUAGAUCCCAGUCUGCCAGUGAGCCAACAGCCUCUGUACGCUGGUAUCCGAGACUAACAGGAAACAAGUGUCAGCGCAGCCACGGCAUUUUUGUGAAUGCUGUUGUGACAGACUCCAGUUAUAAACAUCUGUGAGCCAUCUGGCACAACACAGAGCUGAAGAGGCCAGUUCAGUGCACCUGCACAGAGCACUGAAGAACAUGCACAAGCCUCUUGAAUCACCAAGUUAUUUUCCUCAUCCUCAGAGACUUUGACAAUUCAGGGCUCACAGAUGGCGGGGGGGGGGAAUUCUCAGGCUUCCCUUCCUCCUAAAUGACACUUUUUAAAGGAAGUGACGUGGAAGUUGUUCUAGGAGUUAGAUGGACAGUACGAGCACAUUCGUGAGUGGGGCUUGGGGAAGUCUCAAAAAUGGCACUUUGGUUUUAGGCUGGGCAGGCAAAAGUCUCACAGUGAGAUAUAUUUAACUGGACGUCUAAACCCACAACUGCAUUGUAGUAACUUCUUCUGAAGUAAUUGGUUAAAUUAAGAACUGGUUUCAUAAGUUGGGGCCAAGCCACAUUUAAAACCCAUUCGGGCCUGCAGUGAAGGGUUCUGACUCACGUUGGUAUUUAAGUGCUGUUACUUUCCCAAUGCCUUAGUACCACUUGAGACUGUAUUUCAAUGGACAGAAACCAAGAAGGCCACAGCAGUAGCCUAAUAGUCCUCCCUGGUCAUACUUGUUUCAAACAGGUCUGCCUGUCUGGGCACGCUCAGGCAGGAGGUUUCUUGCUGCUAUCUUGAAAACCACUGGAAGAUUCAGCUUCUUGGGGACCUCAGAGCCUGUGUUCAUAUGGAAGCCCACCCAUAUAAGCUUCACAGAGCAAAUCACAGCAAUGUUCAAGUUGUUAUUUUCAAGUGCUUAUUUCACAACAUUAAAAAAAAUAUUUUUCCUGGUGUAUUAAAAUUAAAAAUAAAAUCAUAACUUUUGAUUUAAAAUCAAA